AUGCUGGAUGACGAGCAUCUGCAGGGAAAGGUGAGUAUGCGUGCUGGUAGCAAUCGUGACGGGACCGCACCGGAGCAUGACGAGGACUUUUUUGGAGUUUGGCGAGAUUCGUUGGAUGCCACAACCCAGCCCAGCACUGCAGCAUGUGGAGUCGACGACGCAGCUGGAAGUGACAUCAUUUCAAAGGGCUUCACCUUCAAAGCUCCCCUGCAAGUCUGGAGCCACGAGGUCACGUGUAACCCAGCAAAGCACGAGCCUCUGCCGUCUAUCGGUACGUACCUUAUCCUGACAUGGCGCUCUGAUACCUAG